UAUCCAUCUGUCUAGGAGACCGUUGGAAUAUGUUAGCGAACGAAGGAAAGUUCCGGGACAGAAACCCCGGUAUCUCCGCAGCCGGCAAGCUGACAGCUGGAGGAGACCGCACCACCGACUGCAUCAAGAUGAACGUCCCCAAAGACCCUCCCGAGAUCAUAAAACGGAUCUGGGCUCUGACCUACCCAGGACCGGGUGAAAAGCGGACUUACACAGGAAAGUACGCGGAUACAGCGGUACUGACAGGGAUGCGGCAUGGGAUUACGACACGGUCUUCGGAGGUCGCUAAGAAUCUUGUGAAUCCCACUCCUCAGACCUUCUUCAGACAGAGGUUGAUCGAGCGGAAUGAGCGUAUUUACGAUAGCAAAGUGAAGAAACCACUGGGAGAAGUACCGGAUCAAACUGGAAAGUUUGCGGAGGGUAUAACGACUUUAGACACUUUUGGGAUAAAAACUGAGAAGAGCGAUCCUGCUGGGUUGGUUGUUAAUCCUAAUAUUUCAAGAGAUGAAGUCGCUGCUAAGGCUGAUGAAGGUAUCGAACUUUACAGAAAGUCACACCGAUACCAACAAGUCGGUGAACAACGGGACCUCAACUACGUCUGGACCAAAAUAAAGAAAACUGACGUGUUCGGAGUUGAAACGCCUCACAGUAACGAUGGAGGUCACGUCAAAAACUCCCUUCUUUGGAGUGACGACGUAAAGAACAACAACACGUUAACAGUGGUUUCUAAACGGUUAGACGAUUUCAAAGAACGGACCCAGCCAAAACUGGGAGAAGUUCAUGACCCGAUUAAAGAUUCUAUGAAUAUCGAUGCUGAUCACACUUUUGGUGUGAUGAUAAAACCGGAUGAGUACGGUGCAGGAGACUUGAUACAUCACCGUGAGGCUAAUUCGUACUUGCGGGCACGUGACCGUGAGCGUGGUGCUGUAGCUGCAACCAGAGACCACCUCAAAAAAGCAAACUACCACAACUUUGCUGAUCUUCAGUCGGCUUUCAAUAGUUAUGAUGCCAACAAAUCAGGUAAAAUUGAAUCUGAUGAUCUUUUGAAAGUGUGCAAAAGUUUCCAUUUGCCGGUCGACGAUUAUCUCAUUAACAACUUGAUGAAAUUCUGCGACUCCUCUGCCGAUGGCAAGAUUGACUACCUGGACUUCUGUAACUUCCUGAAUUGGAACUACGAAAUCCCCACUGACAAGGUAGAAGAACUCACUCUCAAGGAAGAUAAAGACAGCACCACCCCGAGAAUCCGGCAGAUUGACGGUAACUUAGACAACCACCAGACCUCUUCCUCAAUUAUAAACGCCAUCGCAGGAUUCACCCCAACCCAGGACUACAGGAGUUUUGGAGUGCCCACGAUCCGGAGCGACCUACCCGCACCGCGUAUCAAGCGCGUCGGAGAUUACACUAACUACGGGGAACAAUCCGACGUGUACGGGCUCCUUAACCCCUCCAUCUACACCAGCUACGGGUUAAUUGAGCGGGACUUUUUCCAGGUCAGAUCCAAAGAACAUAUCAAGCAGAUAUUCGGGGCCAUGAAACUGGGCUUAUCUGACGAGGAUUUUGAUAAGGUUUACAAAACGGCGGUUGCUUUAGACGCUGAUGGUAAUGUUAGCGUGGAUUCGUUUUUACAGACUCUGAGAUCAAGUCAAAAUUUUUGAUCCCUGGUGGACUGGGUGGUUUAAGAUAUGUGCUCGUAUUAUAUGGAAUGUGUGAUUUGAUAUCACUGUAAGUUGAUUAAAAACUGUUUAUAUUGUCCGGUAUGCUGUUGAUGCAAUGUGACUCCACUUUAAUGUAAAAAGACGAUAGCUGUCUUAAUUAUCUUUGCUUUAAAUCUAUAAGUAUAGAGGGAUUGAUUUCUAAUAGACUUUCAUGCGCUGUUUGGGCUCCAAUAUUAAAUUAGAUAUCAUUUCAUUUAGAAGACAACCAUAAAUGAUACUGACUUCAUGAAUUUUAUAACCACAAUGACUACGAUUUUACUAAAAAUGACACGUUUUAAACGUAAAUCUUUAACCAUGACCACCACUUUUUGUGACCUACUUUUAUUGUGAGCUAUUUUUGUGUAGAUAGACUGCUGAUUUUUGUUUCAUAAAGUGUUAUUUGUUAGACUAGCUGAUAUUCGUUAGAGAGGUGUUAUUAAUUUAUUGUUCACUAGUUUAGUGCAGAAUGUACCUGUAAUGUUUACUUGAAUAAUUUAAAUAAUAUGCUUAUUUCUCAACUUCACAAUCGCCAAUACUCCCUAUAACUUUCAGACUUC